CGAUAUGUGGUGACGUCAGCGGCGAUGGGUCCUCAGUCAGCCGCUGUCGGCCACAGCGCGAACAUGUGGUUGCAAUGCUUGGCUGCGACGCUGGUCAUCGCCGCCGCCGCGUCCCGCGAGGUCUUCACCAACACGUUCCUGGUGCGCUUCAAGCGCUCGGUGCAGCACGACGAGGCUCACCAGCUGGCCCUGCGCCACGGCUUCGACAGCCUCGGCCCGGUGCUAGGCUCUGACACAGAAUGGCACUUCGCGCACCGCGGCCUGCCUCACGCGCGCCCGCGCCGUUCCAUCGCGCACACUCGCUUGCUCAAGCAGCAUCCACUUGUUCACACAGCAGUACAACAGACCGGCUUUAAAAGAGUAAAGAGGGGGUUCCGCCCCCUCCGACUGCCGGAACCAGCCCCGGCCCCCGCGGCUGAACCCCGAGAUCCUUACUUCCCGCUCCAAUGGUACCUGAAGAACACGGGCCAGAAUGGCGGGAAACCCAAGCUGGAUUUGAACGUGGAAGCUGCGUGGGCGCAGGGGUAUACUGGGGUUAAUGUUACUACUGCUAUUAUGGAUGAUGGUGUCGACUAUAUGCAUCCAGAUUUGAAAUAUAACUAUAACGCAGAGGCGUCGUAUGAUUUCAGCAGCAAUGAUCCCUUUCCUUACCCAAGAUAUACAGACGACUGGUUUAACAGCCACGGUACGAGAUGUGCAGGGGAAGUGGCUGCAGCGAGAGACAAUGGGGUCUGCGGUGUGGGGGUCGCCUAUCACUCCAAAGUGGCUGGCAUCAGAAUGUUGGACCAGCCUUACAUGACGGACCUCAUAGAAGCCAACUCCAUGGGCCACGAGCCCCAUAAGAUUCACAUCUACAGCGCGUCAUGGGGGCCCACAGACGACGGCAGGACGGUGGACGGGCCCCGCAAUGCUACCAUGAGAGCUAUUGUACGAGGUGUUAAUGAGGGUCGCAACGGUUUGGGCAACAUCUACGUGUGGGCGAGUGGUGAUGGCGGGGAAGAUGAUGACUGCAAUUGUGAUGGAUACGCUGCUUCUAUGUGGACCGUCUCCAUUAACAGCGCCAUAAACGACGGUCAAAACGCCCACUACGACGAGUCCUGCUCCUCAACAUUAGCCAGUACCUUCAGCAAUGGCGCCCGAGACCCGAGCACAGGCGUGGCGACCACGGACUUGUACGGGAAGUGUACGGCGACCCAUUCAGGAACUUCGGCCGCGGCGCCCGAGGCUGCUGGCGUGUUUGCGCUCGCUUUACAUGCUAAUCCCAGCCUGACGUGGCGCGACAUCCAACACUUGACUGUGUUGACUUCAAAGAGGAACUCGCUUUAUGAUGCUAAGGGUCGUUUCCACUGGACAAUGAACGGUGUAGGGCUGGAGUUCAAUCACCUGUUCGGUUUCGGCGUUUUGGACGCGGGCGCCAUGACAGCCUUGGCGGCAAACUGGCGAUCUGUACCUCCGAGGUAUCAUUGCGAGGCUGGAUCUGUUAAUACGCAUACUGAAAUCCAAUCGGAAGGCUUACUAACCCUGAAGAUCGAGACGACAGCGUGUGAGGGUACUCCCAGCGAGGUGCGCUACCUGGAGCACGUGCAGGCCGUGGUCAGCGCCAACGCCAGCAGGCGAGGGGAUCUCGAGCUCUUCCUCACCAGCCCUAUGGGCACCAGGUCAAUGAUCCUGAGCAGGCGCGCGAAUGACGACGACUCUCGCGACGGCUUCACCAAGUGGCCGUUCAUGACCACACACACCUGGGGAGAGUACCCUCAGGGCACGUGGAUCUUAGAGGCACGCUACAACGGUGGUCCAAACAGCAACCCAGGCGACUGGUCAGGUUUCUUCCGCGGCUGGUCCCUCGUACUGCACGGUACUAGGGCUCCGCCCUACGCUCAGCUGCAGCCCGAAGACCCGCACUCCAAGCUCGCCGUCGUUAAGAAGGCCCAUGAAGACAACGCGAUCAACUAAUAGACCACCACCAGGUUUUAGGCUGAUCAUGGUUGGUUUAAGCAAAAAGGUUGACAUCAAAAAUAAUUGGCAGGUAAUAAAAAAAAAUGUUUUAUUUAAAUUACGGUUCUAUUUUCAAAAAAGAAAAGUACAGUCGCGAACAGAGUGGUUAGAGAAGAAUUGAUAUAUUUUUGAAAUGAGAACGUAAGGAUUGCAAACCAACCACGAUCAGUGAAUUUAAAACUUGGAAUCCAAAACGUAGGCGUAACAUAGACAACUAAGUUACGACGAAGGAUUUAUUAGACUUAGCUUUUUUAAUAAUAAUAUCGUAUUCUUCCAUUACAAGUCUUUUCUCUAAACCUGUUAAUAAGUCCCGAGUCGUGGCCCGUUGCUCAUGUUAUGUCUGCUAAAUCGAGCAUCUGUAAAAACUUAUGUAUUUUUGUACAUAGCUUUCACAGGAGCCAAAGGCACUCUAAAGUAAAAUUAUUGUUUUCUUUUUAUUUAAUAAACGGUAACUGCAGAAUUAUAGGUAUUUUUUUUUUCAUCUAACUUAUUUAUAUUUUUUGUUUUUUUUUUGCUUACUUUAAAAAAUACGUUAAUUUGCUGUUACCGUUUGUUAUUAAUGGGAGUUACAAUAAAAGUGGCGGUAAAAAUUGUUUUUCCUUUUUUUCGUAAAAAUGGGAAUUGAUAGGUUGGAUUGAUUCCUUGAAUGUAAUUUGUUUAGUAUAUCUCUAUUGUCACACUGCCAUUUUUAUUGAAAAUGGUCAAAGAAAAAUAAAAUAAAUCAUAACCCUUAACAAAACUUUAAUAACCCGAAACAGAAUUAAUUAUUUUUCUUUGACUGAAAAUGGUUUUAUUUUAUCCAUAUUUUCCUCCUAUUGAACUAGUCACUUUUAAAAAAAGAAAUGAUUUUAAAGAAACAUUUAGUUUGUUAUACCAUUCUAGUCAUUCACGUUUUUUUGUUACCAACUUUUAAAAAAAGUUCUAAUUUGACAAAGAAAUAGCUGACAAAAGUUUAUUUCUUUUGAAUGUUGGAUGGUAAAAUCGCCAUGAAGACAAAAUUGCGAGCGGAAUUUGAAAAUUAUUCUUCCUACAUUGUAAAUUGAAAUGACAUUAUUUUUGUAACAAAUUUCGCAGUAGAAUAGAAACAAAAUUGUUUCAUAUGAAUUUUGUUCAUCUUCUAUUAAUAUAGAACAUAAAUAAACCUAGACUUACAUAGACAGACGGACAUAUCAGGUAACGUCAUAUUGUGCCGAACUUAAACACAAAUUAACUAUUAAUUGAUAAAACUCGAAGUUGAACAAGAUUUUUAACAAAUAUUUAUUUGCAUUUUUAUAGUUUUCAUGUUUUAAAAUGUAGAACGAGUAGUUCAAUUUCAGUUUAUUUAUUAUAUGAUUGUUAUAUUAGUUUUAUUUAAUUCAAAUGGACUUGAUUUAACCCAGCUAAAUGAAGCUCAUUUGAACAACUCUUGUGUUUCAAUACUGUGUCGAAUGAUACGUAUGUUAGAGUAUUUACAAAGAAUAUAUUAGAAAAUUAUCGUUAUCAAGUAAGAUAUAAUAAAGCUAUUUAUAUGACAACAUGAUUAAACUUCCUUUUGGGGCCCACUUACAUUAAUAUGGUUAUUUAUCAACAGCCUCUUUGCAUCUAUUUUCUUAAACAAUAAAUUUUAUUAUUAAAAUACAAUUUUCAAGCAUUUUCACUUCCAUAUUAACCGAGUAACAUUAUGUAUUUUACAUUUAUGGGCAUAACCGUAGGUUUAUUACAAAGUCGUUAGGAUAAUGGUUAAGAAAUUAAAAAAUAAAAAACAUAUAAAGAAAAAUAUAUUAUGUACUAUUAUUAUAGAAAAUAUAAUGUGAUUUGGUGUUGUAUUUGAAUUAAA